UGAGAACCACUGGUGAAGAGAAUCUUAUGUUACUGGUUUUUAUCUUUUUCUGUAAACUAGGAAUAUAUGUCAUAAUGAUGCGAAAAUGCAUUUUCGACUUUAAACAAUCACUGAUUACACGUCACAUGAGAUGGCGGGCUAUUCAUCAGGACACAACCGUAUUUAAAGUUAAUCGACCAGAUACAGGUCAUAAAAAUUUUCCGCAGAAAAAACAGGUUGUUGUUUGCGGCGGUGGAGUAACUGGCGCCUCAGUCUUGUAUCAUCUGGCAGAACGUGGGUGGACAGAUAGUAUAUUACUUGAGAAAGGAAAAUUUACCUCUGGCACUACCUGGCAUGCAGCAGGCCUUAUUAGCAAUUUUCGAUCUGAUAAAUAUGAGGAAUUAUGUAGCUACUCAAAAGAUCUCUAUAAAUGGAUGGAAGAAAAUGGAUAUCCAACAGGAUUCAAAAAGUGUGGAAGUCUUAUAUUAGCAUCAUGUUCAGAACGACUGAUAUACUUAAAGCGGAUUGCUGACAGUUGUAGAUUUAGAGGGAUAAAAAGUGAGGAGCUGAGUGUCAGUGAUGUUGCUAGACAUAGUCCUUGGGUGAAUACAGAAGGAUUAAAGGGAGCUAUUCUAGUUCCUGAUGAUGCUGUUGGAAGUCCUGUGGAUAUUUGUAACUCCUUAAUUAAACUUGCUAAAGACAAAGGUGCUUAUGCUGUAGAACGCUGCAAUGUAGAAAAGAUUGAAACUAGUGGUGGCAGAGUGAAGAGUGUGUACACCAACUUAGGAAAAAUCGACUGUGAAUAUGUGGUAUUGUGUGGAGGUUUGUGGACAAGAGAGUUAGGAACCCAAAUCCAACCCCCAGUUAAUGUUCCACUCCAUUCAGCAGAACAUUUCUAUUUGAUUACUAAACCAAUAGAAGGAGUUGACACCAUGCAUCCAGUUAUGAGAGAUCAAAAUAUUGGCUCAUAUGUGCGAGAAUGGGGAGGUGGAUUCUUGGCUGGAAUAUUUGAAAAAGAAGCCCAACCUGUUUUCCAUAAUGGACCACCUAAGGAUUCUGAAUUCCAUAUGUUUCCUGAUAAUUGGGGCCGUUAUUAUCAUCACUAUAUGCCUGUUAUGCACCGAUUUCCUUUCUUGAAAAAGGCUGAGAUUCGUCAAAUGUUUAAUGGCCCUGAAAGUUUUACUCCUGAUGGGUUACAUUUUCUAGGAGAGUCUCCUGAGGUAGAAAAUCUGUUCAUUGGUGCUGGGAUGAAUUCCAGUGGUAUAGUAACAGCAGGUGGAAAUGGUCGAAUUUUAGCUGAACUUAUGAAUGGAGAGAAGCCAUUUGUUAAUCUUACAAAACUAGAUAUCAAACGAUGUUUAGGCCACCAAGGAAAUAACAAGUUCCUGUAUGACAGAACAGUUGAAUUAGUUGGAAUCCAUUAUACCAUAUCAUUUCCACAUCAAAGUUUUUCUGAAUCGGCACGUCCAAUGAAAACCUCCAAUCUUUAUCCUUUCCACAAAACAAAUGGAGCUGUUUUUGGAGUGAAGAAUGAAGUAGAGUUUCCACUUUGGUUCAGCAGUAAAGGAACAGUAACACCAAAACGCACAUUUAAAAAGCCUCCUUUUUUUGAUGAUGUUGGAAAGGAAUAUAAUAUUUGUAAGAAUGGAGUUGGUGUCAUCGACCUGACAAGUCAAUGGUCAUUAUGGAAGCUAGAG